AUGGCUAAGAUCUCCGUCAAGGAAUGGGAUAUGGUUAAGACACUCAAUGAAUUCAGGAUCCAAGUAGAAUCUCAAGAUACAAAAGCAUAUCUUAGUGCGCAGAAGGUGAUGUCUAAGUUGAUGAACGAGGUCAUGGAGGCCCAAAAGCACGAUCGAGAGGUAGCCUAUAUCAAGGGACGUCUGGACUCGGGAGAACCCAUGCUCGAUUGGGCAAUUCACCCCGAUGGGAGUUUAAGAUACCAAUGCAGAUUGUUUGUACCAAGUGACGAGUUACUUAGAGAAAAGGUACUGAAAGAAUGUCAUCAUUCUGCAUUUGCGGUGCAUCCAAGAGGGACCAAAAUGUACCAGGAUUUGAAGAGGCAGUAUUGGUGGAAUGGAAUGAAGAAGGAAGCGGAAAAAUUUGUGGCAAAAUGUCUAACAUGCUAA